UAGCUAGCCACCGGGAAAUGCCAGCCUAGCUUAACGGUCGAAGAAGUGUUUUUCCCACACCACCCUGAUCCACAGAGGUCCAUUAGUCCAAAAUGACGUACAGAAGAGACAGGAGUUUACGAGAGGUGUAUGAUGAACGCUUUUUAACUGAGAGACCGGGUCCAUACCCACGUCCAGCUGGGGCAAUGGAGAGGAGGGGCCCCUUUGGCAGGCCCGAGGAAGACUACGGCCGCGGUGGGUAUGAAUAUGAAGGAGGUCAACGCUUUUUCCCAAACGGAGGAGGCCCAGCGCGGAAUUAUCACGAAGAUCAGAGGGGCUACCAUGGUGACAACAUUCAUUUCCCCGCUGAACGCAGAGCUGUUCCACCGUCAAGGAGGGAGGACUAUCCCUACAGAGUACCCAGGGAAGACCCACACACAGGACGGCCUAUGGAGUUUGGUGCCCGUGCACCACCACCACCUCCUCACAAUGUGCGUAACCAGGGCAUUUACCCAGCCCCCAGAUCGCUUCCGGAGAGCGGGGAAGACACGCUGGUGCAAGCCAUCCUCAACCUGGACAGAGGAGAGGACCGAGACCACUUCAGGAGAAAGGCAGCCCCGUUCCCUCCACUCAGAGAGCGCUCUCCGGUGCGCCGCGAGGUGGCCCGCUCCCCCCACAGUCGCUCCGGCUCCAGCGUCAGCAGCAGAGGCUACUCACCAGACAGAGCCAAGGGCCUGCCAUUUCCCUCACAGCAAGGCAAGAGUGUGGACGGUCCAGAGGGUCACGCAGGUGUUUCUGAGCACCUUUGGGGGGCGCUCUUUCCUCAACAGAGUGGACAUGAAACUUUGGGGUAUGACGAGAGUUAUUCUCAGAGCAAGACGACUGACAAAAUUCCCGGCCUGUCAAGAGAAGGGUCCCCACAUAGCGCAACCUCAAACAAGGAGGAGAACCUUCCUCCAGAAGGAAUCAAAGACGAGACGCUGGCGGCGCUAGUUGUGGAGGAGAGCCAAAAGUCGUCUGCAGACAACUUUGAACAGCGACGAGCCCUGGCCAUCACAGCCAAAGCUCAGGAGAUAGAGAAGGUAUACCGGCAGGACUGUGAGACAUUUGGCAUGGUGGUAAAGAUGCUAGUGGCGAAAGACCCCAACCUGGAGAAGCAGCUGCAGGUUCCCCUCAGGGAGAAUCUUGGGGAGAUCCGUGAACGUUGCCUUGAUGACCUCAAACACUUCAUCAGCAGUCUGGACGACGUGGUCCGGCAGCCAGAACCUUCUGUCUGUGACUUGCCCACCCCAUCGAUGGCCCUGACGGGUCAUAAACUUUCAAAGACAGGAGUAAACCACAGCUCGUCUUACUGACACAUCGGCCAUCUGCUCUUUGUGAGACUGAGCGCGGUCAGAAUUGACUGCUGAACAUGACAGAUAUCUCGAAUAUGUUUUGGAUUGCUGGACUUGUACAGCACAGCAACCUGAAGUCAGCAUGGAGAGGAUGCAUCGUCUGUGGGGACGAACAGUGUUAAAUUUGAAUGGACUGUUUUUUACCUUCAAGUUCUCUGUUGAAAGAUGUCACUUCUUAAAUAUUGUUGAAAGUUUUUCUGUCAAAUGUUGGCAAAAAACACUCCCUCUAUUUAAAAAAUGUCACAUCACGGUGGACAUGGUUAACGUGGGUUUCAUUAUUGAGCCUAAUUUGACGAUAUGUUGCUGAGAAAAGACGGUCAGUCCCGCAGCAUGAUCACCUUGACCUUUUCCUAAAGAAAAGCCAGAUAAAAGCCAGACUAUUUUGUUUUUGUAAUAUUUUCAUUUAUGUAAAUGUUUAUUUUGUAGCAGUCAAGAUGUUUGAUUGAGUGCUGCUUAAUUCUACAUUCUUGUAUAAGUUUGUACUGUCUAGAAAUGGGUUUGGUUAUUUCAGUGACCCAGACAAAGCUUUGCACAGACUGAAGGGUCUCUGAAGGGUGCAGUAAACACGAUUUCUGUAAACUUGUUUUGUUGUCAUCUAUCAACAACAGUUAGGAAAAUACUCCACUGACCACUGACAUCACAGACUCGACCUACAAGAUUUCGAGAUCAGUUUACUGGCAUUAUUGACCUCCAUACUGUGUUUUGGUACUUUUGUUUGGUGUAUGUCAAUGAGGCAGCAUGCCUUAUUUUUAAAUUCAUUUGUAUGCAAGCAAAAUAUUUAUAAUUUGAAGUUUGAACAUAAUGAGUUGACUAGUCUAAAGUAAGAAAACACUAAAAAAAAUCCAAAUUAAGCACAAUUUAAUCUAUAAGAUUAUACAUUGUCUGUCUGGUUUUCACUGGGUGCUCCGGCUUUCUCCCACAGUCCAAAGACAUGCAAAUUAAUCUGUGACUUGUCCGUAGGUGUGAAUGUGAGUGUGAAUGGUUGUCUGUCUCUAUGUGUCAGCCCUGUGAUAGUCUGGUGACCUGUCCAGGGUGUACCCUGCCUCUUGCUCAACGACAGCUGGGAUAGGCUCCAGCCCCCCACACAACCGCUGACAGGAUAAGCGAUUAUGGAGAAUGAAUGAAUAAGAGCCAUUUGCAUUAUGAACAUUGCACAUUAUCGUACAAAACAUGACAGUGACUCAAUAAAU